AUGCCGAGCACUGAUCGAUUCAGCGCCACCAUAGCAGACCUCGUCUCACCAGUCGAAGCUAAAAUCCAGCACAACUACGACAAACGAUGGCUUCGAGGCUACGCUACAGAAAAUACAGGUGCUGAUAACAACUCGGCCGAGGCCACCACGGAGGAGAGAGCAAAUGCCGUCACGACGCUCGGAAAGGGGAAUCCUGAGUGGGAAGCUGCUGUGAUGCGACUGGCCUAUCAGCAUUGGUUCGACGGAGGCAAAACUCUCGACGACGUGCGACUGAUCAUGAGCCUUCCGGCAAAAGGCGAAGCAGUCGGGCACACGAACUGGGGGAAAUACCUCAAGUAUGUGGAGUACGUCAAGGAGAAAGAGCGAGAGGCAGCAAACGCCGCGAUAGUUGCGGCUAUCAAGCAGAGAUUGAUCUACAAGGGGUGGUAUCUCGAAGGGAAGACGUUUAAGCAAGUGCGCGAGAUUUUAGAGCUCCCAGCAACGGGGCCUGCCACAAACCACCCGAAUUGGAAAAAGUUUGAGGGCUACUUGGCAUUCUUCAAGGAAUACUCACAGCAAUUUUAA